AUGCCGCCGUCGUCGGUGGCGCGGCAGGUGGCGGAGAUUGCGGCGGAGCCCGACCGCGCCGCCGCGUACGCGCGCCUCCUCCACCUGCAGCGCGCGUGCGCCGACGACCCCUCCGCCGCGGCCGACCUCGCCGCGGCCUCCCCCUCCGCCCUGCUCCCGCUCCUCCUCCGCGACGCCGCCCAAGAUGACGAGGCCGUCGCCGCCUCCGCCCUCAAGUGCCUCGGCUUCGCGCUCUACCACCCCGUCCUCGUCUCCACCGUCUCAGGACAGUUGGCUCAAUUGGUAUUGGCUACUUUGGUUCGGCUGAUCAUGACCACCAAGAUGAAGGCUAUUUGUAAUCUUGCAGUCUGGUGCAUUUCUGUUCAACAAUUGGAGGCUUCGGUGGUAGAGGAUGGAGUAACUCUCUUGCUCAAUGCUAUUGUUUAUGCCCUUGACAAUCCAUUUGGUUCUUUGUCUACAACAUUUGAGGCUGUUCAGGCUACCAUGAAACUUGCUAGUCAAUAUCCAAAAGGAAUGAGGGACCAAUCAAGCAUAUGGGUUCCCCCAAUAUGCCGAAGACUCUUAAGUGCUGACAAGCCGGAAAGGGAUAUGUCUGAAAGAUGCCUCAUUAAGGUUUCAUCAGUUAUUUUACCUCCUCAAUCUCCUCUUUCUAAGGAAGUAGCUUUGGACCUUGAGCAAAAACUACUCCCUUCUAUGCUUGAUAUGCUCAAUGACCCUUCAAAGAAAAUUCAAGCAGUGAAAUCAUGGGGAUGGUUCAUAUCCUUACUUGGCGCAAGUGCAGCGAGUACUAGGCCUUUACUUAACAAAAUGCUUAAGGUCCCUGAGCAGUUAUUUACUGAUCCUGAUCCUCAAGUUCAGAUAACCACAAUGGUUACCUGGAGAAAUUUGGUGGAUGCAUUUUUUGGGCCACAGGCUUUAGAAAAUAUGGAUCAAGGGACAGUGAUGUCUCCUAUUGAACCCAGAGCACAUGCUACUGCUCAGAUGAAAAAGAUAAGGUUAAUAAUGAUGCCUUUAUGUGGAGUUCUGUCAAGAAGUCAUAAUAUUGCUUUAAGUUCCUCCUGCUUGAGCACAUGGCGUUACCUUCUAUAUAAACUUGGUGAUUUGAUUAACCAUUUAUCCAUUCUAGAGGCUGCUUUUGGGCCUGUACUCAAGAUAAUUUUCUCCACUGGACUUGAUAAUCAGAACAAGCCACUGUGGUCAUUUUGCAUCAAUCUGUUUCAUGACUUUAUUUCAGUAAGAGUUAGGCAUUUGAUCUCACCCGAAGAUAAUGUGUGUGUUCCACCGAAUCAGAACUUGCUAGCCCAAACUUGCACGCAUCUCAAGGUCUUGUUUGAUGGACAUCAAAUCAAAUGGUUACCAUGGGAUGUUACCAGCUUUGAUUUUCAGUUGGAAAUCCUUGGCUCAAUUGUGAAUCCAGAACUACUUCAUAACAUGACUGCUGACAUGACCGUAACUCUUAUGGACUCCACAACACAAACUUUCAGGUUGCUUCUACAGGGAGUUUGCGUUCAGUGUAGCCCAAAAUUUGCUGAUGACAAUGUCGUGAUAUGCAUUACUAAGGUAUGUAAGUUUGUAAAGAAGGUGUUUCUGGAUAUGGUAGGAAAGCAAAAGAGUAACAGUUCCGCAGUGUUGGUACAGUUUUGUCUUCAGUUUGUGAAGUCUACUGUAGAGGAACUGGAUAAUUCUGUGUUGGCUUCUGGAAAGUACGAGUUAUGCUUAGACAUCGAACAUAUAAAGGAGAUUGAAUUUGCAGAAUGCAGUCUGAACUUAUCUCAUCCAAGAAUCAGGCCACUUGCUUACAUGGAGUUGGUUUCUCCAGCAGUUUACUUGACUGCACUAUCUCUGUCAAUCGUAGCUCAGUUUACUGGAGAUUUGUCAUCUGAAGAUGCCGAGCAAUUGGCUUCAAUUAUCUGUCCAUCUGAUCUACUGGAGAACUUUCAUGCUGCAGUUGCUUUUUUGUAUAUGCAGAUCAUGCCUCCAGUAGAUAGUCGGCUAAGAAUGAAAUGGUUGGUGGUAUGGAGCAAAAUGUCGAAGCGCUUGAAUGAGCAAAUGAUCUCCUACUUGAGGGUUAGUUGUGGUGCAAGUGCCCAUGAUAUACUGUGUCAGUUCUUCUGUUACCCAUUUUUCGCUUUCGUAUCCCCUGGGAGGAUAUCUACUCAUUGGAAUGCUGAAAGUAGUAACGAGGGUUACCUUAACGUGACCCAAGACUUGGAGCUGGAACUGGUUAUUGAGGUUUAUCGAUCCUUUUGUACAAACUCCAGUUAUUGUUCAGAGCCUGCUUACAUGGUUUUCCUAGAGCACUUUUUCAAAUAUUUGACCCACAGAGUUGAUGAAAACAUGUCCUCAAUCCAAGCCAAUCUCAAGUAUUGCUUAGACAAGAAGUAUAAAAACAUUACUAUCCUAUCUGUUCUUGGAAGCAUAGUUAUUGGACUACUAGAGAAUGCCCAAAUUUUUAACUAUGCUAACAAAGAGAGAGAAGUAACGACAAAUGAGGAGCCUGCUGGAUGCAGAGGACCUAACCUUCUGUUGAGUUGCUUGAAGCUUGGUAACAGGUUUAUGAAGAUAUCAGGUAUUGCUUUCAAAGAAAAUCCAGCUGCACAACACCAAGUGACAAGCAGGUAUUUCUCAUCUUUAUCUGAUUUUGUUGGACAUCUUACAUCGACGGAAGACAUUCUUCUACUCUUUGAGAUAAUUGGGGAUCAAUUUACUGAAUGGCUCGCCUUAUCUAGCACUUCGUACUUCAUAAUACGUCAAGGAGACACCAUUGAUCAGCUUGAGAAACUCUGGCUCAACGCAGUCACGUGCCUGACGACGAGUCGGCUCAUCAGGGACUGCUCCUUCCUUGAGAAGCAUCAUCUGCUUCUCCAAGCGGCGGUUAAUCACCCACACGGCCCCAUCUCAGCUGCAACCACAGCAAUCCGGAGAUCGCCAGGAUCCAACAACGCAGGCCUGCGGCACGCUGGAUGUCGGUCAGUUUCCAAGGCAGAUGGGCCGUCUCUAGACAGGCCAGGGAAGGAUCCUAACUGCGCCAAUGACGCCGAGAGGGCCUUCGCCCUCGAAGAACUCAACAUCUCGAGGAUGUCUGGGGCGCCAAUAUUGUCGGGUAGAGGAACCGACGCGACAAACACGACUGACCGCUCCCAGAGGAACCGUGAGUCGCUCAGGGUCUCUGCCGGUUUGGGGAGGAAGAGGCUGAAGAUUAUGAGAUAUUCAGGCAAGGGGAAGGGGCUUGGCAAAGCUAGCGAUGUCACCUUCUCGCCGGGCUGGGCGGAAGGUGAGGUUUGCAGGAAACCAGAACUGAUAUUGGAAAUGCUCAAGAGGAAGAGAUAGUAGCUUCAACUCAGCCGCCAUGUAUGUAUGCCAUGGUUGUGUACUUGUAUGUGAAGUCUGCGCCUGACCUCCAUUAGGAAAAUAGUGUAUGCCUAACAAGAAGUGAUGCCGGCAUCAACACCAGUCAAGGUCGAAACAUCAUGUUCAGGUGUCGAUUCAAAUUCAGCAUCAGCUUCCAGUGACUUCACACUUUUGACAUCCUUGACUUUUAGUUAUUGUUGAGUUUUUUCUUCUUCUCGUAGCUCCCUGAGUGAAAUUGAUUUGAAACAGAAAUUUCACAUGUUUGCAGAACAUCAAACUGUCCAACAUAUUGUUUUUUUCUUCUUCAGAAUUUCUGAAAGAUUGUUUCCACCA